GGGCGGGGCCGCAGCCCAGCACACAGGCGACUGCGUGUUGACUUCCUCGAAGUGGUCACUGUUGCGGCUGCCGCUCCGACCGCAGCGCCUGCGUCCGCAAGAGGUCGUCUAGGAAGCCGUGCACACACUCCGGUGGUCGCUGAGAGGGUGGUAAGUCCGGGAGUCAUGGGGAGCGGAGCAGUGAAAGGACUUUCAUCUCAAGCCGUCAUAAUGCUCGCAGUUCUUCUAAAAAGGUGAUCAACGUCAUAAAAAAAAAUGGCUGACAAAAGCGGCAGGCCUGCCCACGGACCGGUGUUCGUUGAGGUAGAGUAUGACUAUGAAUACGAAUAUAAGAACAAGACGAUUGUUAUUAAACAAGGCGAGAGGUACAUUCUGAUCAAAAAGUCCAAUGAAGACUGGUGGCAGGUGAAGAAGGACGAAAACUCCAAGCCGUUGUAUGUUCCCGCCCAGUAUGUAAGGGAAGUUGGCAGAAAAGCGCUCAUGCCGCCUAUCAAAGCGGGCGUUCUGCCCAAUAGUCCUCUGAAAGUCAUGCAAGGGCUGCAGAGGUCGACUGAGAACAUUAAUAAAUCGCCGGAGCUUUCAAGUUUUGGGAAAACCUCAAGUAUUCGGGAUGCCAACCAGAACUUUGGACCCAGUGGUAGCCCUGGACAGACCAGAGGACUGACUCUAGAUCUGGUGCAUAACAAUGGUAAGCUGUGUACAGAUCUGCAUUCACCAAAGGCCACUAGCAGGAGCCCCUCCGCCAUGAAUUUUCCAGUGCCGGAACUUAUGGAAAUCGAAAAGACUAGCUUUACUAACGAUCACUCGGAUUCAGCCGGGGAAAGUUCUGAAAAAAUUCUUGCCGAUUCAGAGUCUGGAGAUGAACUGAGCAGCAGUUCUACUGAACAACUACAGUUUUCUGUCUCUCCUGCCACUGCAAGACCUGAUUCUCCCGUGUAUGCAAAUCUGCAAGAGCUGAAGAUCUCUCAGUCCUAUCUACCCCCUCAACCUAAUGCACCCCCAGUCCAAAUUACAGGGGAGUGGGAAACGCACAAAGAUAACACUGGACGUUUCUAUUAUUAUAAUAAUACUACACAGGAACGGACUUGGAAGCCCCCACGCUGCACUAAAGACACAAGUAGGGGAGAGUCCUUUACUCAGGCAGACCAUGAGCAACUUUCAGCUGAAGAAAAUUUUCACAACGCUUUUGACAACAAUCAGUCAGAUAGUCUGUAUGGGUCUCCUCCCAAAGGGUGGUCAGAAGAACUGGAUCAGCAUGGCCAUACAUUUUUUAUCAAUGACCAAACCAAUGAGAAGUGGAUGAAGCACGUGGACGAUCAAGGUAGACCAUAUUACUACAGUGCUGAUGGAUCACGCUCUGAGUGGGAGCUGCCAAAGUAUAACUCCUUAUUACCACCUCAUCAGAGAGAGAUCACUAAAAGCCGGAGUCUUGAUAGAAGGUUCCAAGAACCAAUUGUUUUAACCAAGUGGCGACACAGCACCUAUCUGCUGGAGGCCAAUGAUAAGUUGCAUAUCAAGCAAAAGCGUAAUUCUUCUGAGUAUUACAUACCUAGCCCUGGUUUUUUGACCUCAUCCUAUUCUAUGAAAGACUCGACCACUACAUCCAAGCAAAACUUCCCUGAUGUUGAGACAUCGCCAUCUUCUCCAAAGCACCAGUCAGCGGAUCAAGAAAAGUAUGGUGUACUAAAUGUAACCAAAAUCACAGAAAAUGGGAAAAAAAUUAGAAAGAACUGGACAUCGUCAUGGGCCGUGCUGCAAGGGUCAUCUAUAUUGUUCCAAGGCACUGGAGCCAGCUGGAAGUUUGGCGGAAACCAAUCAAAACCAGAGUUCACCAUCGACCUUAAAGGAGCCUCUGUGGAAUGGGCCUCAAAGGAUAAAUCCAGCAAAAAAAACGUUAUAGAGCUGAAAACUCUCUCAGGAACAGAUCUACUAAUACAAUCUGAAAAUGACAAUAUGAUCAAAGAAUGGUACACGGCACUCUGCAACAUGAUCGGCGUUCCGAUCAUGGAGUCUGAAGAGCCUAAUGAUAAUGUGCCAGACUCCCCAGUAGAGAAAAUGGGGAAAGAUAAGCAUGAGAAAGAAAAGGAUCAUGAUUCAAAAAAGAGUCGAUCCAUAAAACAAACAUCCAUUGAUAAUUCAGAGCAAAAAAAGACCAAAACAAAGUUAAAGAAGUUUCUUACGAGGCGUCCAACAAUGCAAUCUGUGCGUGAGAAGGGAUACAUUAAAGACCCCGUAUUCGGCUCCAGCCUGGCCAGUCUCUGUCAGAGGGAAAACACUACAGUGCCAACAUUUGUCAAGAUGUGCAUCGACCAUAUUGAAGAGCAUGGACUGGACGUUGACGGCUUGUACAGAGUCAGUGGAAACCUCGCGGUCAUCCAAAAGCUCCGAUUUGCUGUGACACACGAUGAGAAACUGGACCUGAAUGACAGUAAAUGGGAAGACAUUCAUGUGAUUACUGGAGCGCUGAAGAUGUUCUUCAGAGAGCUGCCGGAGCCCCUCUUCACCUACAACCAUUUCAACGACUUUGUGAACGCAAUCAAGCAAGAGCCCAAGCUACGUGUUCAGGCAGUCAGAGAUUUAAUUAAACAGUUGCCAAAGCCGAACCAAGACACAAUGCAGGCACUUUUCAAGCAUCUCAAGCACGUUGUGGAAACUGGAGAAAAGAACAGAAUGACCUUUCAGAGUUUAGCCAUUGUUUUCGGCCCAACGUUACUGAAGCCGGAGCAAGAGACUGGAAAUAUCGCCAUUCACACGGUCUAUCAGAAUCAAAUCGUAGAGCUAAUUCUGCUGGAAUAUAACGCCAUAUUUGGCCGCUGAUGCCGCGUCUCUCAGUUGGAGCUGCUCUCCCCAUCUCAUUCUGAAGGACGCCUUUCUAAUAUUAUUUACAUUACUGAUAUUUUAUUUUUGCUUUUGGACCAAACUGUUUUGUGCUCACGUUUGCACUUGUAUGAAGACGGAGAGGUUUGGACGUUUUGACUUGCGCAGCUUCCUCUUGGCAUUGACUUUAUCCAUUUGUGACUCUUUAUAUCAUAUUUUGUUUUUUGUUUUUUUGUUUUUUUUUCUAUUCAGUUGCUUUUAUUUCCUUAACAGAACUGCAAGUCUAACAAGACACUGGAUUGACUGGAAAAUAAAACUACUAAUAUCACACCGUAGAUAUGGACCUUUGAUCACUAUUUGCUUGCUCUGCAGUGUUUGAAGCUGAUAAUUGGUGGUGAAUCAUUUGUAGUGAAAAUUGCAUCUCGUAUGUGUCUCUUGAUGCCGACAAUGACUUGUUAUGUGCAGGCAUGCCGUAUACCGGUCAGUAGAAGCUACCAUCAUACUGAUAUCUCAAGCUUGGUAUUACCGUUAGCAUUUUGGCUUCUGUCAAUAUGGCCUUGAAGAACUGCACAGUACUAAUAUUGUCCUAUUAUUUAAGCCACUGAAAUCCUAUUCAGGAUUUUUGUAUUUUCUUGAACUGACUUUUGAUUGUGUGUAAUAGUUGGGUAUUCUAUUACAUUACUGUGUAUUAAAGAGCGCUUGCCCCUAAAACGAACAUAUGUAUACGCAGUCCUCAAUUAGGACAUUUCCUAGUUAUAUCUGUGGGUGACAACCAGUAUGACUGCAGUAGAGCUGUCUUAAGACAGGUCAGCCACCUCUGGCACGCCAACUGUUGAGAAACUACAACUCCUAGCAUGCUCCAUUCUCUUCUGCAGGAGUUCUGAGAACAGCUGAGUCAGUGUGCAUGCUGGGAAUUGUAGUUUCACAACGGCUGGGGUGCUGGAUGUUGCCGCUUUGCUUUCCCAGAGUCAGUCCUGAACGGUUUAUAUAUCUAGUUGGUCCACAUCACUUAAUUAGGCAUUAUUUACAGGAGGUAAUUUACUGAAAAAAAUGGUCAUGCACCAGGUCUGCACCUAUUCUCAGUGGCUGUGUCUCGAUGCAGGGAGUCGGGAGCACUUUGAAAGCUGUGAAAUGUCGCUUGUACAUUGUUAUGAACACAGGAGGCACAUCUAUCUAGAAAGUCCAAGCCUUUUUUUGGCCCAAAGCAUAUGACUCUUAGAGGCUAUUCACACCACCAUAUACAUCAAUGAAUGUGUGUGCUAUGCCCAUCCGUACCAUAUGCCCGUUCUGCGGGAGAACACAUAUUUUUCUUAUCCGUUUUGUUACAACGGGGCGUGCGAAAAGUAGCGGAUCCGUGUUUUGUGGUCGUGUAAACACCCUCUUACACAAGUCCAGUACACCGCCACGAAAAUUAAGCUUGGAUCUGGGGAAAUGAUGAGUCCCCUGUAGGAGCUGAUCAUAUUGGUGGCCACCCAGCUUUCCGAGGUCCAGAUGUAACUAGGAAAUGACAGUACAGUCUCAGCAUGAGAGGUUGGUUUAUGGACUGCGACUUGCGUAUUGCUUGAGUUUUAGUGGGCCGUGCUCUACGGGCUUCUGUAUGCUGUGGCCAUGAUCUUUCUGGGGUAUUCUAAUAUUACACUGAUGUAUAUAGAGGCCAGUCGCUGUAGAAGCUUUGGCUCAUUGUAUAUAAUGAACGCUGUAUAGUCUUACCUUUUUGCUUUCUCCUUCACACUUUCUAAUGCAAUUCAGGCAGCUUCUCUCUUCAUCCUUUUAGGUAAAACCCUCUGCCUCCCAGGACUAACUAUAUGCACUUUUAGAUGGGAACUAUUUUAUUUGCUGGUAGACAUUUUAUGCGUAGGUACUGGAAAUAUUUAAAAGGCUCAAGCUGGUGGGUUAUUUAAUAUGUACAGUAUAUUUUAGAGAAAAACGGAUACUGUGGAAGAAAUUUCUAUAUUUCAUUGUGCCUGUUGGUAAGAAAACAAUAAAGGGUGCCCCCUUUAUGAAUUGGUAUAAACUUUAAAGAACAAAUCAUUGACCUGUGAAGUAUUUCUAUUGCAUUUAACAAUGGAAGCCAAUUUGUAAAAUAAAAGUGAAAUUG